CUGGCGGUGAUCGCGCGCGCGUAGCGAUAUAUGCAGCUUACGGCUCGGCUAGCCGCACCCGGCCCUCAAUUUUAGCGCCACAUCUCACGGAUCUCCUCACUCGCAAGGACGUGAAAGUGACAUCGAAGAAGGAGGCCACCCGUCAGGCAGUAUCGCUGCUUCCGCUCAACAUCUCGAUGCCGCUUCUUGUCAAUCUCAUGGCCUCGGAAGAGUUGCACCGCGACACCCGCAUCGCUUGCUUCUCCGCAGUGAAGCCGAUGCUCUCGGUUGAAGCCGCCUGGGAUAUCCUCUACAAGGCGGUGGAUGCUGACGAGCCCUUUGUCAAGCAGGCACUCUGCGAUGUUUCCACCCUUGACUUCACACAUGAGUUGCGACGCCGCUACGCCCCGAUCGUCAUCCGGCUCGCCAAGGACGAGCACAUGGACGUCAAGUGUCGGGCAUUGCAGGCAUUGGCCGCCUGGGCAAUCUACAGUCCGGACGCGGGCUCCGCUCUUGUCAACAGCUCCACCAACAUGAGCGCUCGCGAGAGUGAAUGGAAGGCAGCGGUACAAUCGCUUGUACAGUGGGGCGACACCGAGAGUCUCCUCAAAGCCACGCGGGCUCUUCUGGACCACGGAGACGAGUCCGACGACAAAGGCAGCGACCUGCCAGCCGUUCGUCGCCUCAAGACUCUCUGCGAUAGCCUUCAACGAGGACCGCACGCCGCGGCCAGCUAUGCCGUUGCGACCCUUGUGGCAGAGCACGAGGACUUUGUGCCGCACGCGGCUCGCCUGCGCGCGGCGCGGAUCGACUACGACGACCCCGGCAAGGCUCUCGAGGACCUGCGCGACCUUGUCCGUCUCCUCUCCCAUCGCCCGCUGAUGGCGCUGCGACUCCGUCUCGAGAUUCUCGACCACUGCGCCAUCUCACCUGCUGGCAUGGACACAAUCGCUCGUGGCCUGAUCGAUGACGGAGGGACUGUGGCAGGCAUCUUCGCCGUGGGACUCAUUGCGCGCGAAGGGGGGAAGGAGAAAUGGUCGGAGGGGCGGCGCGAGAUGCUGCUGGAGCUGCGCCGUCACCCCGACGCCGACGUGCGCGACGAGGCGCGCCGAGCGCGGAUGCAGUGACCAGGGGUUGAGGUGUGAUGGGGUUUGCACAGGGCGUGCUGGUUAAGUGAAUAGAAGAGGAGAGCGUUGAGUUCCCCAGAGUGUUGAGGCGGAAGACCUGUGGGAGCAUUGAACAUAACAACGCGGAGUGGACUUGUACAGCAUGGAAGUAUAGAAGCAUGUAUGUGUAAAUCUGCUGUA